UUUCAAAUGUAGACGUUGAUCCUACGCUAAACGGAACCUUCUAGAACCCAAAGUUUUUCUCUCAGUUCUUCGUCAAUCAAGUCAACCCCCCAUUCAAUUUCAACCCUAUCUCUGCUCUCUUUUUCUUCAUCAUUUGUUUUUGGGUCUCUCUGUUUCCAAGAUUUUGAGUUAUGGCAUCGAAACGCAUCGUGAAGGAGCUCAAGGAUUUGCAGAAGGACCCUCCUACAUCCUGCAGCGCAGAAAAUUGCAGACAAACGCGGCCAUUACUCGAAAUCACGGUCCCGUGGCGGAGGAUAUGUUUCACUGGCAGGCAACAAUCAUGGGACCUCCUGAUAGCCCAUAUACAGGUGGCGUAUUCCUAGUUUCAAUUCAUUUUCCUCCUGACUAUCCAUUCAAACCACCAAAGGUUGCAUUUAGGACUAAGGUAUUCCACCCAAACAUCAAUAGUAAUGGAAGUAUAUGCCUUGACAUUCUAAAAGAACAAUGGAGCCCAGCACUAACCAUUUCUAAGGUCCUUUUGUCCAUUUGCUCAUUGUUGACGGAUCCCAACCCUGAUGACCCGCUUGUGCCUGAAAUUGCCCACAUGUACAAGGCUGACAAGGCUAAGUAUGAAGCCACUGCUCGUAGCUGGACACAGAAGUAUGCCAUGGGAUAAUCAUGCUCCUCCUUUAGCUGCUCACUGUAGCUGCGCAAUCAUGAUUUAUGAAGAAACAAGAUAUACUUUUAAUGAAUGUUUUGUCUUUUUUUUGUCAGUGGAAAUCAACCAUGGUAAGGGAAUUGAUGAUUACUUGUGAAUAUUUCUUUGCAAGACAUCGGUCAUGGAAGAAAUUGUUGUAAAAUGUCACAAAUUUUCUGCUUGUUGACUUGCUAUUCCAAAUGAUGGUAAUGAAAUUAUAGUUAGGAACAGGUAGUAGCUGCCUAUUGUCGUGGAACUU